CAGGUUCAACCAUUUGUUGCUCCAGUGUGGUCCUAGCAAGAUCUUUGCCAAACAAAAUCUUCCUCCCUCAGAAGACACGAGUCGUUUGGGGCUCCGUGAGUGGCCGCGUUUAGUUCAGUCGGACGUCAAACGGAUUAACGCCGCCGCCGUUGGAAUAAACCCGGAAAAAAAGCAGACGCUCGGUGCCCGGAGACGCUUGAGAUUUAUUAAGUUUUAGUGAUCUGCUGCUUUUAAAAGUGCUUCCCCCGGUGAGAAGCGCGACCGACGGGGCGAUAAUAAUACUAAUAAUAGUGCAGCCUGUUUAUUGGUUUCGAUAAGUGAUCCACUUUAUCCGCUCGAUGGUUUAUUGGAAGGCGAUAUCGUAAAGAACAACGACCAACCAGGAAACGGGUGAAGGAAAAACAGUUUAUAAUCGAUCAACUUGCCCUACAAUCAACUGAAAUAUGUAUAUUCCCAACAAACAUUCAAACAAAAUGCCACAAUUUUCGGUGGUUUGCAUCAGCUUGGUCAUCGUGACUGUCCUAGUGCAGAAUGCCAGUGGAAAGCGAGGUUGUGCCGCCUUCGGUCACGCCUGCUACGGAGGACACGGCAAACGUUCAUCGGUUUCGUCACCGCCGGGCGAAGGUUUGCUGCAGUACGCCGGAGGAAAUGACCGUCUGGAGACCGGAGUUCCGGUUCCAUUUCCGUAUCUGAAAAUGGCCCUGCUGGAUCGAAGCAAAAGUUUGGAUGUCGCUCCCGAGCUAAGACCGCUGGGCGUCGAAAACGACGCUGGUGGUGUCCGAAGCGGGGAGGAUAGAUUCGAACAGGACAGAUUCGACAAGGGGGUCCGAUUUGCGAUGCAUGCUUUCCUGAGACAACUGAUGGCCGAAAGCCGCGCUUCAGCAACUCAGCGGAAACAGACGGAAGUUGAUGCGGACUCUCAGCUAAUGAACAACGAACAACAGUGAGCACAGUCUACCUUAGUUCUAAUUUCGCUAGAUGAGGAUGAUCAGGAUGGUGCUGCCGUUACAGAAAAUAUGAGCAAAACUGAAGCAAUUUUUCGUUGUUAAUGAAUCGAAGCAGAACCCUUUUUUUUUGUUUGAGCAGCGAGUUUUCAGUUCCCCAUCAGUGAGUUCGUCAAUUUUUCCGAUUCGUUCCUUUUUUGAAUUUUCAAGCUUCGAUUGAAAUUGUUGCCGUUGAGAUUCGCGGCUUCAACUUCAACUACUAUCAACAAUUAACGAGAUGACUUGACGGGGGAACCAAGCCGAGACCUUUUAAUGAUACACACACACAACCACAAAUAAACAGAUAUGGAAGAAGAAAAAAUUAUGUCAAUAUGCAAACAUUGUUGUUUACUUUAAGAGCAGGUUAUAAUAUGAACAAAAAAAAAGUAGCAUAACACGAAUGAAACAAAAAAAAAAUACAAAUAGUUGAAUGAAACUUGUAAGGCUGGAACAGUUUGAUUCAAUUAUUACAAAA